CCUAACUGGCGGAAGAUCACCACUCAGGAUUAACUUUAUCACUUGGAAAGAGCUGCAAUGCCUCAGAACCAGAGGUGCUGAACACAAGGACGAGAGAAUGCGAAGCAUAACGCUCUCUUCAUCGUCUUCAUUCUUUAAGCCUCUCAAAUCGCUUCACUCUCCCCUUAAUUCUCGCUGCCAUGCCCAAACUUCUCCUCUGUCUACUGGCAACCUCAGCCUGUUGCUCUCUAGGUGUGGGAGGCAUCCAUAUGUGAACAUUUACAAGGAACUCCGAUUCCACAUUUGCAAUGCAAGCAAAGAAACUAAGUGGUGUAUUGACGUGGAUGAGUAUGGCGGUUUGGACAAAUCUCCUCUUGGAAAGACAAUUGAAAGCAGGAACUUCAGAGCUGGAGAUGUCCCAGUUUCAAGUCCAUCAUUCCACGGCCAUCUAAAGUUUGCCCUGUUAUUUGGAUUAUUCACCCUUGAAGGCACUCAACAGGCAGUUGCUGGGCCGGAGUUAGCAAGUGGGUUGCAAUCAAUGUCGUUUCUGGGGGACCUUGGUGAUAUUAGCACAGGUUUUGCUUCAGCUUUCUUGCUUAUAUUUUUUUCCGAACUGGGGGACAAAACCUUUUUUAUUGCGGCACUUUUAGCAGCUAGGAACUCUGGUGCUGUUGUUUUCCUGGGGACUUUUGGUGCACUAGCGGCAAUGACAGUCAUAUCUGUUGUUCUUGGACGAACAUUUCACUAUGUCGAUGGCAUCCUUCCAUUCAGAUUUGGUGACAAUGAUCUACCUAUUGAUGAUAUUGCAGCCGUUUGCCUCCUGGUGUAUUUUGGGGUUUCUACCUUGCUUGAAGCUAGUUCAGAUGAUGGGCAGAAGACAGAAGAAGAGAAAAAGGAGGCAGAGCUAGCAGUUUCAGAAUUUUCAGGGAAUGGUGCUGGGAUUUUGUCAGCUGCUGGCACGGUCGUCAGUACUUUCCUGCUUGUAUUCGUUGCUGAAUGGGGUGAUAAAUCAUUUUUCUCUACAAUAGCACUUGCUGCUGCCGCCUCUUCGCCUCUUGGAGUCAUUGGGGGAGCACUAGCCGGCCAUGGAGUUGCUACUUUGCUGGCUGUUCUUGGAGGUUCUUUACUAGGGACAUUUUUAUCUGAAAAGGCCAUUUCCUACAUUGGAGGUAUUCUUUUCCUCGUCUUUGCCGCAGUAACAACGAUAGAGAUAGUAACUUAGGCCAUUAGACUGGAUGUCUGUCGUCUUUGUCAUAUAUCCUCCCAACAGUCUUUUCGAAAAUCAAUUUUACGUAAUAUAGAAUAAAGACUGGAUAUUAUGUAAUGGUUUCGUAUUAUUUUUUAGAGUAAUUUGACUUGACGUUGUUGGAGAACUCUCUAGAAAAUGAAGAGGGGAACAACGUUGUUUCCAUCGAAGUGGGUUGAGGAUGUAGCGAAUGAAAGAAUAUACCAAAAUUAUGCUU